AGUUACAUUAGGUGUCAGCUCUCGACUCUUCUCCAGUCGACCUCAGGCGCCGCCGCCGCCAGCGCCCGACCCCAGGCCCCAACGCCGCGCCGCCCACGGCCGCUGCGUAGCGCCACUCCAGAUCCAGCGCCACGCUACCACCCGCUGCGUCGCCGGUUGCCCAUGGUCGCUGGACGCCGGCGUUGAAGUCAUAAGUGUGCGCCCAAAGUUCUACUGUUGGAAGAAGAUAAGUGUGCGCCCAAAGUCUUACUGUUGGAAGAGAUCCUCCUCAUAUAUCGUCAAUGGAAGCCAAGUUUUUCCGUUUCCUGAAGCUCGUUGGGGUCGGCUUCAAAGCGAGGUCUGAGAGCCAAGGCCGCGAGCUGUUCCUGAAGCUGGGCUACAGCCACGAGGUGCAGUUCACCGCUCCCCCAGCGGUCCGUGUCUUCUGCUUCAAACCCAACAUAAUCUGCUGCACUGGCAUCGACAAGGACAGGGUGCACCAGUUCGCCGGUGCUGUCCGGAGCUGCAAGCCUCCAGAGGUGUACAAGGGGAAGGGGAUCUUGUACAUUGACGAGGUUAUCAAGCUGAAGCCCGGGAAGAAGCAAAAGAAGUGACAAGACUUCAAGGCAGAUCGCCAUUGUUCUUUGGCUUUUAACCCCUCGAGACCCAUCCUUCUUCACAUUUGUAGUGAUGCAGAUCUGGUCUGGUUGUGUUGUGUUGUGCUAGGCAGAUCACCAUUGUCUUAUCCUUACCUCAGUUGCAGGCAACAAAAUGUAUGUGGGGGGCCAUGUAAUGAAGAGAAUAAGUUAUCAGUUCCUUUUUGUUGACAUCAGCUGGAACAUUACUUUGCAGAUUGGAUUACAUUCUUGAGUGCAAAAUUUGCUUUCGAAA